AUGUCGGCUACCACCACAACUCUCAUGACCACCACUCUUGUUGGAACCCACUCCGCGAUGACCAAGAUCGACCCUUCUCUAGAGAAUUCAUGUCCAACAUGCGGGACCAACGGUGCGCUGGACGCAUCCGAAGCCCAGCGCCGGAUUCUGGAGCUGGAGGGGCAGAUCCAGGAGAUGACUGCGCACUCUGCGAUCGCAGCUGGAAAACUCGCAGACUACGAAGAAGAACUGCGCAAACUGCGCUCACGCCCCAUAUAUGACACACCGCGAAGCAGCUCCUCCGUACCCCCAUCAUCAUCACACGGCGACAAAUCACUAUCACCCUCCCAACUUCCCGCCUCCCCAGACAACAAGUCGCAACCGCCGCAGCCAUCACAACCAGUUCAACAAAGUCGCCUGACAACAUUAACAAACCUCCUCCCCUAUCGGCGCGGUAGUUCCACCCCAACCAGCGCCUCAGCCCCAGUCCCCUCCACACCUAUCGCACCGAUCACUCCAUUCCCGCAACAAGCCUCCCCAGCCAGCAGCGACAACGCCGAGUUACAAGACGCACUGGAGCGCGAACAGGGUCUGCGGAAAGCGGCCGAAACCCAGCUUACACAAGCGAAUACCGAGCUGGAGGAGUUAACAGUGCAACUAUUCAGCCAGGCCAACGAGAUGGUCGCGCAAGAGCGCAAGGCCCGCGCGAAGCUGGAAGAACGAGUUGCCGUGCUCGAACGCCGGGAUAUCGAGAAGAGGAGUCGGUUGGAGAGGUUGGAGAAGGCUAUGGCGCGCGUGGAGAGAGUGAGGGCUUUGGUUCGACCUAAUAGUCAGUGA